UUUUUACUCUGAGGAGAGUCGUACCGGAAAUGAUUGCUUUUCUGUCUCAUGGAGCUAAAACAAAAUUUUAAUGGCAGUAAAACAUCUUCUAUCCUUGUGUUACAUACAACACAUUGUUUAGAUUUUAUAUUUGGCAGCUGGACGGGAAGAAACGCCGCUUAAUCAAUCACUGUAGGAUGGCUCUGGCAUGUGUCCGCCUCGGCCCUCGCCGCCUGCGUCCGGCCCUUCGUCUGUGCGCUUACGCCACACUGAGCAGAGGGUCCAGACCUCAGGAGAAGAGCGGCGGCCCGGUCUUUCAGUACGUGGGCGAACACAGAAAGCCCACCCACAAAGUGUUUGUGUGGGGCUUCAGCUUCACCGGCGCGCUGGGCAUUCCCAGCUUCGUGGUGCCUGACAGCGGCAGGAAGAGACCCCGCAAGUACCAGCUGACUCCGUACCGCCUGGAGACCGCAGAGCAGAUUUCUUCUGCUGCCUGCGGUUAUGGCUUCACUCUCAUGGCCUCUUCAUCCCAAGAUGUGACCAAACUUUGGGGUAUGGGUCUGAACAAGGACUCCCAGCUGGGCUUCCAGCGCACCCAGCACAGCCGGCAUAAAAGCUACGAUUACGUCCUGGAGCCGUCCCCCGUGGCCCUGCCUCUCGCCCAGCCUCAGCAGACCAGGGUGGUCCAGGUCUCCUGCGGCCGCGCCCACUCCCUGGUCCUCACCGACCAGGAGGGAGUGUUCAGUAUGGGGAACAACGCCUACGGCCAGUGUGGGAGGAGGAUAGUCGAUGAGGAGGUCUACAGCGGCAGCCACGUGAUCCACAGGAUCGAAGGCUUCGGCAGCAGGCUGGUCCAGGUGGCGUGCGGCCAGGACCACAGCUUGUUCCUCACCGACACGGGGAAAGUGUUCUCCUGUGGCUGGGGAGCCGACGGUCAGACGGGUCUGGGCCACCACGACGUCAGCUCCUGCCCGGUGGAGCUGGGAGGCGACCUGGCCGGCGUGGAGGUGCAGCAGAUCAGCACGUAUGGCGACUGCAGCCUGGCCGUUUCCAGAGACGGUCAGCUGUUCGGCUGGGGAAACUCCGAGUACCGGCAGCUGGCCUCGGCCACCGAGUCCACGCAGAUGAACUCUCCGCGUCAUCUCCCGCUGAGAGGCUGUGGGAAGGUGGUCCAGGCCGCGUGUGGAGGGACCCAGGUGGCCGUUCUCAACGAAAAGGGAGAAGUGUUUGUUUGGGGCUACGGCAUUCUGGGAAAAGGACCAAAGCUAUCCGAGUCUUCGACGCCGGAGAUGAUUCCUCCCACGCUGUUCGGACGCUCCGAGUUCAACCCGACGGUGGCCGUCAUCACAGUCCGGUGUGGUUUAAGCCAUUUUGCUGCCGUGACAGAUGGAGGCGAGCUGUUCGUUUGGGGGAAGAACGUGAGAGGCUGCCUGGGCAUCGGGAAGACAGACGACCAGUUCUUCCCCUGGCGAGUGACUGUCCCGGGUCAGGUGGUGGAUGUAGCGUGCGGCGUGGACCACAUGGUGGCGCUGGUGAAGUCCCUCCUGUGAGACUCGCUGCUGACUGCGGAUCGGAGCUCGGAUCCAUCCGGUGACGUCAGGGAGGGAGAAGGUGGACCUCAGCCAGUUCUGUAUGUUCUAAAUGUGGAGAACCGGUCCCGUCGUCUCCUGAACCGGACUUUUUGCUGGAUUUAAAUGUCUCGGUAAAGUUUCGGUUUACGUGAGAUGGUGCCGCAGGGAAGGAAGUAGAAGAAGCACCAAACGGUUUCUUCUGAAAAACGAGGUUUCAACAUUUCCUGCCUGAUCCAGAUAAAGCUGGAGAAGCUAGCUGGUUCUGAAGAGUCCAGCUUCGGUUCUUUGGUACGUCAGGAUUUAGUGUUCGUGGCCAGAUUCAGGGAGAGCAGCACCGGCCGUGAUGGUUGGACGGGUCCUUAUCCACCAGAGAAAGGUUUUAUCGCAGCUGAAUGGAAACGUCUGUUUAUGCCAUCUGUCUCUCAGACUUUUAGCAAAUCGUUACUUUAAUAAACCUUCUGGAAGUAGAUAAGAAAAAUUAUCUAAUAAGUAUGUUCUGAUGUUAAUGAAGUUUGCUCCAUUUUGGCCAUAGAUAUAUAUUUUUAUAAGGGUUUUUCUUCUGUUGGUCAGUUUCUGAGAACCUCUGCAGAGUCGGCACCAAGCAGCUGAGUCAAGUGUUAAAUGAAACCUGUUAGUUCACUGAAUCAUUUCAUUCUGAAUUCAUUGAUUCAGAAUAAUUUGAUCCUUAAGCAAUGCAUCCUGAAUCAUUUGAUCCUGAAUCAAUUGAUCUAGGCAACUGGUCCUGGAUCAUUUGAUUCUGAAUCCUUGGGUUCUGAAUCAUUAGGUUUGGAAUCAUUUGAUUCUGAAUCAAUAGGUUCUGAAUAAGCUGAUUCUGAAUCCUUAGGUUCUGAAUCACUUGAUUCUGAGUCCUUAGGUUCAGAUUCAUUUGAUUCUGAAUCCUUAGGUUCUGAAUCAUUAGGUUUGGAAUAAUUUGAUUCUGAAUCAAUAAGUUCUGAAUCAUCUGAUUCUGAAUCAUUAGGUUCUGGAUCGUCAUUUGAUUCUGAGUCAAUUGAUUCUGAAUCACUUUAUCCUGAAUCAUUUGAUUCUGAAUCAGUUGAUCUUGUAUUUAUUUGUCAGACUCCGCCCCUAUUUUUUUCAGUGCUAUAAAAAAAAGUUAUAACGUAAAUGUUUGUCCUGCCUCUCCAGUUAAGCUCUACUUUGUGUUGAAAGCCCAAUAAAAUGUGUGAAAAUUUCAUAAUGUGACAAAAUGUAAAAUCUGAUAAAAAUGCUUAUUUCACAUCCUUUUUUUCCCCUUCAUUGACGGCAAAGUGGAACCAAAGUCAAAUUCCUUGUUUGUGCUCAAACCGAGUAAAUAAAGCUGCUGUUAACGAAAACUUC